AUGGCCCAGUCCAGGUCCAGCAGUGGCUCCCACUACGCCCUGACGGCCAUUGGGCUGGGGAUGCUGGUCCUCGGAAUCAUCAUGGCCGUCUGGAACCUGGUCCCAGGCUUCGGCCUCAGCGCCAAGCCCCACCCAACGGCCGGCGGCCACCAGAACGAGACCGAUGUCAGCAAAGGUCUCCUGCACAGGAACAAGACCUUCUCGGUGGCCUACGUCUUGGUGGGGGCCGGCGUCCUGCUGCUCCUCUUCUCCAUCUGCCUGACCAUCCGGGACAGAAGGAAGCCGAGGCACCGCGAAGACGACGUCGUCCGGAUACGUCCGCAGUCCUCGGUCGAGCGGCCUCCCCCGGAGGACAGCCAAGAAGACGACGACAGCCUCUCCCGCUACUACGUGCCCAGCUAUGAGGAGGUGGUCAACGGCGUCUACCCGGAGCCCCGGCAGGAGGCCGAAGGCGGGACCCGCAUCAGCGUCUCCCUUCCUUCCUACGAGUCUCUCACGGGGCUGGAUGAAAGCCUCCCCACCAGGCCCAGCCCCACGGCGGCAGGGACAGCAACUGGGGCAGCCCCCGGGCCCGGCGGGGAGCGCCCACCCACCCGGCAGAGCUCCCGCCUCAGCAAACGCCUGAAGCCCUUGAAAGUGCGCAGGAUCAAGUCUGAGAAGCUGCACCUGAAGAAGCUCCAGCUGGGGGGCACCCCUCCUGCCCGGGUCACCAUCGAGCCACUCACCCCCCCUCCGCAGUACGACGACAUCCCCCCCAAGCUGCCAGACCCCCGGGAGGGGGAGCCCUGA